AGGGACGCAACUCUAGCAGUCAGACGAUUUCAAGAAAUCCAACGCACUUGAGUCUUGACAUUUGCUAAAUAGCCGUACAUACAAAAGUCGCCCGAGUGUCAGCAACAGUAUUAUGGACAAAAGUUCAGUCGGGAGCAGGUCAAAACAGCCCAAUCUCAAAAUGGCCUCAAAAAGGUAAAGUCAAAACGGACACAACCUUUAGUCAAAACAGCCACAGAAAAAAGUCAAAACGGACACAACCUUUAGUCAAAACAGCCACAGAAAAAAGUCAAAACGGACACAACCUAUAGUCAAAACAGCCACAAAGAAGUCAUAACAACCACACAGAAAAAAGAAGAAGAAAAACUCAAAGUGGAUCAUGGGCCAGGCUGCAUCAAAGCAAGAAGAGUUUUGGGAAGCCUGUGGUUUUGGUCGACCACACAUCGUCAGACACUUCAUUCAGGAAGGCAUUGAUGUAAACUGGAGAUCCUACACUCAUGACUGUUGUCCAAUCCACGUUGCUUCCCAAGGGAAGCCUGAGAUUGUCCAACUCCUGCUGGAGGCCAAAUGUGAUGUCAAUGUAACAGAUAUUCGAGGCAACACUGCUCUGCAUCACGCAGCUAUGAAGGGACAUGCUGACAUCAUGGAGACACUGAUCAAAGCAGGAACUCAGCUGGAUGCUCAGGACAAAAAUGGCUGGACGGCCCUGCACAAUGCAUGCUACUGGUGCUACCCCGCGGCGGUCAAGGUGCUGAUUCACCAUGGCUGUGACGUCCAUCUAGCAAACAAGGAUAACCGAACAGCUCUUCAUGAAACUGCAAGGUCAAAGGGCACCGAUGACCGCAAACUGAGUGCAAUCACCGAGCAGCUUGUCACAGCAGGAAGUGAUGUCAAUGCUAAGGGCAGUGACCUUGGGGAGGUUGACUUCACAUCCCUGAUGUUUGCUUCCUACCAUGGACACCCUGAAGUGGCCACAGUGCUCAUAGAGGCAGGGUGUCACCUCAACGACUGUGGCUCAAACUGGUGGACGUCACUGCACUGGGCAGCUGACCGUGGUCAGGAGGAACUGGUGUACAUCCUACUUGAGGCAGGGGCUGACCCAACGAAGAAAGGAACUCGGGGAGAACUUGCCGCAGAUCGUGCCAAGACUGAGGACAUGAAGGAAGUCCUGCGCAAUGCUGCCACCAUGUACAAGGAACUGAAGGCUCUCGAAAAACAGAACAUGUCUGAUUCAUCAGUUCGCCUUUCACGAGCAAGUUGUUGCAGUACAACCAGCCUGAACCACUCACCCAGCAAGUCUGGGCCUCAUGGUCUCGUUGAAGGGGGCCAGCUGUCACCACCAAUGAGUCCUUCAAAGCAAAGUGACCUUGCUUCUCUGAUUGAGAAGAUCAAUCAGACGACAGUGAAGCUGCAACAAAUGGCAAGGCAUGAUAGGUGCAGGGAGGCUGGCCACAGUAACACUCAAGAUGUGUCAAGAUCAGACACUGGCCACAGUAACACUCAAGAUGCCUUAAGAUCAGACACUGGCCACAGUGACACUCAAGAUGUGUCAAGAUCAGACACUGACCACAGUAACACUCAAGAUGUGUCAAGAUCAGACACUAGUGACAGUAACAAUCAAGAUGCCUCAAGAUCAGGCACUGGCAACAGUAACACUAAAGAGGUCUCAAGAUCAGAGACUUGUGACAGUAACACUCAAGAGGCCUCAAGAUCAGACACUGGUGAUCAUAGAGGAGAUUUGGAGGACAUCAACAAAGAUGCACACAUCUCCGUCGGAGAGUUGGAGAAGGAUGUUACUCAACAAAACAUGUACCUUCAUAUUGUGCCACAGUGUGAGAGACACAGUGAUACUCAUAAAACAUGUGACAAAUCUGAUUUGGCUCACACGGACCAGCAAGACAUGCCCAAGGUUGAGACGACUAUAUGAUACCCCACAGCCCUGUACUGCAUGGUGCAUUGUAUAGACUAAACCUUCCAUCAGGUGAUUACUCGCUACAUACGUAUUUUUAAGCUGACAUAAUUCAACACAUGUUAUAUGUAUAAGUGAGUAGAUAUUGCUUAACUACACAUCACCAAUCUUGCAGCUAUAAUCCUAUCACUUAUUCCUACUUUUGCAUUAUGUUCAGUUUGUUUGAAGAUUGUGCAUAAUAUUGUACAUGCCAAUGAAUACGUGAUAUUUUGAGUAAACACUUCUACUUGUCAUCAUGGCUACAUUAGAAGGCAUGUAGAUUUUGCAUGGUAGAUAUUGAUAUGAACCUGCUUGACACAUCCUUCAAACUUUACUUUUUUUGUCAUCUUGUAUUAAAAAUUAUACUUAUGGUGCCAAUAAAACUGUGUUUCUUCUU